AUCUCCUUGUUCUGUAUCAAAGACUUUAAAGCAUACUUUUUUAGGUGACUGGAAAAUUUCAAUCAGGAUAUAAUCCGUUCACUGUUGGAUGCCUGGGUAACAUCCGACGAACACUUUGCGGGAGCCAUUUCACUAAAUACGAGGAAUCUGCUGCGAAACGAAGCCGCAAAAACCGAUCAGCUGUAGAAGAUGCGAAAGUAAAUGGUGCGCUCAAGAAAGGGGAUACAGAAGAAGUCGACGAGACGACAGUCUUGUAUGUUCCAGAUAAGGAUGGAGUAAAAGAUGGGCAUAUCAGGCUGAAACAGCUUCGUAUGCCCGAUAGUCAGUCUGUUGGAACUUCAAUGUCGUUGGUUGGUACAGAGCCAAAUGCGCAACGAGAGCGAGAGGGAUCGACAUGUAACUUAUUUGAAUCAGCUCAAACAAGUCCAAAAAUGAACAGCCCCACUUCGCCUGCAUCAGAUGCGUACAAAGCCAGCUUCGAGGAGGCUACACGUGAUGCUUUGAGCUCUCAAAAAUUGAACUCCGAUGUGUCGAUCGCAGCAUCACAAGUGUUGAAUAGUGAUCGUUCACGACCGCGCGGCUUUGCCGAUGCAGUAAGAAUCCAUGAUCAACUGAGCUCACCGUCGAAGUCGGUUGCAUUGUAG